CUCUCCCCCUUGUGUUUUAAAAACUCAAAAACAGAAAGAAAAUUGAAAACAAAGCCACCAAGGGCAAGAGAAAACAGCUACAGCAGAAGUAAGAAAGCAAGAAAAUUUAAAGCCAAAGAAAGGAAAGCCCAGAAAUCAGAGAGCAAAGAGUGGGGAGUUUCUGAAGUUGCAAUGGCUGUACUCAAUUGUAAGCUUGUUGUGAUCUGUGCCAUGAUCAUGGCGAUGGUGGUAAUGGCCGUUGAUGCGAGUGGGGGCCACCACCAGCAGCCAAUCCUCGGUUGGAUACCCACCACCAGAUCGCCAUGCAAGGGUUCCAUAGCUGAGUGCUUAGAAGGGGAAGAGUUCGAGCUGGAAUCGGAGAUCAGCCGGCGUAUUUUACAAACCACCAGGUACAUCAGCUACGGUGCGCUUCAGAGGAACACCGUCCCCUGUUCCCGACGUGGUGCUUCCUAUUACAAUUGCCAGCCUGGAGCUCAGGCUAACCCUUAUAGCCGUGGCUGCAGCCAAAUUACAAGGUGCAGGAGCUGAGGUUUUUCCUUUUUUAUUUUAAUUUCUUUCUACGAUUCCCAUUUUUUCACUGUCUUUUGGGGGAAUGGGUUUGAUUGUUAUACAUGAAAAAAGAAAGAAACGAUGAGUUAUGGAGAGAUUGGUGGGUGGUGAUGGGUUUUUCAUGUUAUUGUUGAAAAUAUUGUUGUUAUAAAUUUAUUUUGUUUUUAAUGUUUCUGUAAAAGAUUAUUAUAUUUUCCCCGUAUUUUUGGUGUUAUGGGUGAUUUUACAGCAAACUUCAGUUCAUGGCUAGAAAAAGAAAGAUCUUUGCAUCAAGAAAGUUUUUGAUAGGACAUAUGAAAGUUGGAAAGGGAUUAGCUGAAAAUGAUUUUCUAUUUGGGGUAACAAAUUUUGAAUGGAGUGACAAGAAAGUAACCAUUUGAGUCAUUUUUGUUUCAAUGAUUAUGUUUUUUUUCCAGUUUAAUUUCUCAUCAAGCUUUGGAUUAUUUGUUAUCAUCCACACCUUGGAUAAUAAUUGGUUUUGUAUUUUACAAGUAUAAUAUAACCGAAAGGUUAUAUUUUUAUAACCCAAGUGCAUGGUACAUUGAAUUGAAACUCCUUCACGUGAAGUAGACCAGGCUAAUAUUGCUAAUUUGUGUACAUAUAUUUUAUU